CAAUAGGGGAUAUACUACAUCUGUAAAUGGUACACCAGACAGACAGACUAGGGCUACAGUUAGAGAUGCUUCUUUUCCGGAAAACUAAUUCCCGCUGAUGUCCUGAGCCAGGCAUCGGACGGGAAUGUUCAGGGCUCUAGAGUUAAUUCAGCUUGUUUUAGUAAGUUUGUUGGCACCUGUCCAGUAGUUGAGGUUAGUAUGGGCGGGGUAGUUAUGUCUUGCCUAUUGGAUACUGGGUCGAUGGUCACUACCAUAACAGAGGAGGCCUUUCGUGAACACUUCCAGGAUAGGGGUGGUGGGGCAUUAAAAGCUUGUCAUUGGUUGCAGCUUAAGGCUGCAAAUGGGUUAGAUAUUCCUUAUCUUGGCUAUUUAGAAUUGGACAUUGAAGUUUUAGGUAAAGUGCUACCACGUAUGGGAGUGUUGGUGGUAAGGGAUUCUACAGAUUUGCCAUUCCAACAGCAGAAAGCCAAGGUACCUGGGUUGUUGGGUAUGAAUGUCAUUCAUAAUUGUUAUUCUGAACUGUUUUCUGAGCAUGGGUCUGCCUUCUUUCAGAGCUCUGCGCUCCAGUCUGUGGGUGGGCCUUGGAAACAAGCACUGGCUGAGUGUCAUCGCCUGGAGUGUUUACCUCCUACAGGCUGUUUGGGUCAGGUGACAGUUCGUGGUCGAGCAGCGGUGCGGGUUCCAGCUGGUUCAGUUAAGUUGGUAGUAGCAACGUGUAACAACAACUUUGGAGCAGUUUUGUCAUCUGCAUUUUUCGAGCCACAUGCUCAUACAUUGCCAGAUGGUUUGCUUAUGUCUCGUGCUCUUCUUUCCAUUGACUCAGGUUCGGUGGCAGUCCCAGUAGUCAAUGUAGAACAUAGAGAUAUUUGGCUUCCCCCUAGGGUUACUUUGGGUCAGCUGUUUGCUGUAGAGAUGCAGCCUACCUUUUCAACUGGCAAGGUAGAGGAACUUUUUCAUUGUUCUGAACAGGUGGUGGCAGUGCAGUCUUUGGCUGUAGCUGAAGAUUUUUCUGAUUUGACUGUUGGUUCUUGGCCUACUCUUACUCCUGAACAGUCACAGCUGGGGAAAGACCUCUUACAGCGUUAUAGCUCUGUGUUUAGCCAGGAUGAGGGAGAGUUGGGUUGUACCCGUCUUAUUGAACAUGAGAUUCCUCUUAUCGACGACACCCCAGUUAAACAACGAUACAGACGCCUUCCCCCUUCCCAGUAUGAUUUGGUUAAGGGUCAUAUUCAAGAGCUUUUAGACCGUAAGGUAAUUCGGGCGAGUUGCAGUCCCUACUCUUCACCUGUUGUGGUAGUACAAAAGAGGGAUGGUACAAUCAGGCUGUGUGUGGAUUAUAGACAACUUAACUCAAAGACACGGAAGGAUGCUUAUCCCCUUCCCCGUAUUGAAGAAUCAUUGGAUGCAUUAGGUGGUGCCCGGUUCUUUUCAACUUUGGAUUUAGCCAGUGGCUAUAAUCAAGUCCCUAUGGCUGAACAUGACAAAUCUAAGACUGCUUUCUGCACACCCUUUGGACUUUUCGAAUUCAAUCGAAUGCCGUUUGGAUUAUGCAAUGCUCCAAGUACGUUUCAGCGAUUGAUGGAGCGUAUAUUUGGUGACGAACGCUUUCAAUCCUUACUUUUGUAUCUUGAUGACAUUGUCAUUUUCUCCUCCACUUUUGAUUUGCAUUUGCAGCGCCUUGAAGUUGUGCUCAAGCGGUUGCAGCAAAAUAAUCUGAAGCUGAAAUUGUCUAAGUGCCAUUUUUUCCAAUCUCAGGUCAAAUAUCUGGGGCAUGUGAUAUCGUCAGCUGGUGUGGCAACUGAUCCUGAGAAAAUUAAGGCUGUGUCCGAGUGGGAGCGUCCCCAGACAGUAACACAACUCAGAUCUUUUCUUGGUUUUGCAUCCUACUAUCGUAGGUUUGUGGAAGGUUUUGCCAAACAUGCCAGUCCACUUCAUCGACUUGUGGCAGUGCUGCAAGGGGGGAAAAGAAGGGUCAAGACGAAGCCUGUGGAGGGGCAUUGGAGUGAUGCUUGUGAAGAAGCUUUCGAAACACUGAAACUAAAGCUGGUGAGUGCACCUGUCCUGGGUUAUGCUGACUUCUCAAAACCCUUUAUAUUGGAGAUUGAUGCUAGCCAUGGAGGACUUGGGGCUGUGUUAUCUCAAGAUCAAGAGGGUGGUCGCAGACCUAUAGCUUAUGCCAGUCGGGGGUUGCGGGACAGUGAGAGAAAUAUGUCUAACUACAGCUCAAUGAAACUAGAAUUGCUUGGCCUGAAGUGGGCUGUCACUGAAAAGUUCCGAGAGUACUUAUUGGGUGCACAGUUCACAGUGUACACAGAUAACAACCCCCUGAGUUACCUACAGACAGCCAAACUUGGGGCUGUGGAACAACGGUGGGUGUCACAAUUGGCUUUGUUUAAUUUCAAUAUCAAGUAUCGACCUGGCUUGUCUAAUCGCAAUGCAGAUGCUUUGUCUCGACUACCAGCUUGUCCCACACCACAGUCCUUUCAAGAAACUGUCUCUGGGAUUUCUAUUCCAUUGCAGGUGGGUGCUACCAAAGCUACUAUAUCCACUAUAGAUGCUGUCCCUCUCCGUCCCAAGGCAGACCUGCAAAGGUUACAAUCAGCAGACCCUGUGAUUGGGCCAUUCCUGCAGUAUUGGCAUAGACAGAAAUUUCCAACCGCUGGGGAGCAGGCACAAGAAUCAAAAGAAGUCCUAGAACUUGUGCGUCAAUGGAAUAAGCUCAGGGAGUGUGAUGGUGUGUUGUACCGUCUAACAAGAACACCUGAUGGAGUGGAAGAAUUUUUGCAGUUGGUGUUACCAGAGUGCCUGCAGAAGGAAGUUCUGACUGCCCUCCAUGAUAACCAUGGCCAUCAAGGAGCCGAGAGAACAGCAAGUCUGGUAAGACAGAGGUGUUUCUGGCCACAUAUGUGGAAGAAGAUUGAACGUUGGUGCAAAGAGUGUUCCCGCUGUGUGGUGGCAAAAAUGGGGCAACCCAAAAUACGAACAUUUAUGGGCAACUUAUCAGCUUCCAAGCCGCUGGAGAUUAUAGCCAUUGAUUUUACUUUGAUGGACCGGGCCAGUGAUGGGAGGGAAAACGUGCUUGUGAUCACAGAUGUCUUUUCCAAGUUUACACAGGCUUUUCCUACACAGGACCAACGAGCUAGCACCGUUGCCCACAUUUUAGUGGAGAAAUGGUUUUAUGUGUAUGGUGUUCCCCAGCGUAUACAUUCUGACCAGGGCCGAAACUUCGAAAGCGACCUUCUGAAGAGUUUGUGCAAGAUCUACGAUGUGAAGAAGAGCCGCACUACACCUUAUCACCCGCAAGGAAAUGGACAGUGCGAGCGUUUUAAUCGCACCAUGCAUGAUUUGUUGCGUACCCUUCCAUCUGAGCAAAAGAGAAGAUGGCCUAAGUACCUACCCCAACUCCUUUUUGCAUACAACACCACUGUACACCAGACAACUGCUCACUCCCCUUAUGAGCUUAUGUUUGGCCGGCAGCCACGACUACCUGUAGACUCCCUUUUAGGAGUAGGUGAAGACCUUGCUGAAGGCACUGUAGAAGAGUGGAUUGAAAAUCACCAAGAACGCCUUCGCACUGUCUAUGUUCAUGCCAAGAAACAACUGGAGAAUGCUGUGGCUCAACGUAAACGUCAGAACAAAGUUGGAGUAAGUGACAUUCUUCCAAUUGGAACAGUUGUCUACAGAAAGAAUCAUCUUCUAGGUCGUAAUAAGAUUCAAGAUGUAUGGGCCAGUACAAAGUACUGUGUCACUCGAAGCCUUGAUGGAGAAGGGAGGGUGUAUUCCAUCCACCCUGUAGAGAGUCCUGGCCCAGAGAAAAACUUGCACCGCUCUGAACUGAAGGUGGUACCUGGGCAUCCUUUGGUCAUUUGUCCGACAGAACAAGAGGACGAAGGCCAGAGUCAAAUAUUUCCUUUGAGGAGCAGUAGCCCUAUUAGUGGUGAGGAGGAAGGUCAACUUCACUUGAAUCCCCCAAUGAGUGAUAGCACUAGCAGUGAGGAGGAGCAUCCCCUUGCUGGACAAUGGUUGAGAUCCAGAGAAGAGUCUGAGUUGCCAGUACCCCUUAGAUCAAGCAUAUCGGGUGGCCAUGCACCAGCCCCUCAGGUGAGACGGACCACUAGAAAGACAGCUGGCCUACAUUCCAAUCCUUAUAAUAUUCCUCGAUCAGUGGGGAGACUACACAGUGGAAUGAGUGGGACUGUAGCUCACCCAGCAGUUUCAUUGUCAGUUGGUGCUUACUUUAGGCCAUGGCAAGAAUAGGUUAACACCGGGACGGUGUUCCAUUUAAAGGGGGGGUGGAUGUAACCUGUAGUGGGGUUAUGGUGAGUGAAGCUGGCAGUGUACUCUUGAGGCUCUCCAGUAGAGGGAGGUAGUGCACUACAAAUGUCUUAAGGCUUGCAGGCUUUGGUUUAAGUCUCGUGAGACUUUGUUUAACUCUCGUUUGGUUAGAAGCGUGCAGCCGCCAUUUUUAAAAGGCUCGUGGGAUCUUGCCCAGCGAUCUUUUUGGCUCACUGCCAGGGAUAUGUGCAGGUAGCACGGAGGGCUGAAACUUCAGAGCAGCGUUUUUGGUACUUCAUUCGGUUGGUUUGGAGUGUGGUAGGGCUGGAGAAGUCAGCCGUUGUGCACCAGGGAAUCCGGUACACAUUGUGGGAGUCCAGAUACAGUGUGGAAUAAGAGCCUAUUUUGUAGUGAACUGCAGCCCUGUGUAUGCCGGUGAGCCAGUGUGCAUUGUGGAAGUCCAGAUACAGGUAUCUGAUGUUUCUGUUUAUUAUUUUGUGAGCUGCAGGUAAAAUUAAAUCAUACAGCAUGCUUAUUUGGCUGUUUUUGUUUUAAAGCAGUAACUUCCAGUAGUGGACAGCAGUAACAAGGGAAGUGGAGCCCUUCCAAGGCAGAUAUAUAGAAUGUUUAGAAUAUAGGUAGGUUCAUGUUUUAAAUUAGUUUUAAUGAAAGAAAAGUUUUAGAGCUGUAAAGUGCUAAUGGUGUGCUUUCUCCUCUUUAGGAGUAUCCCUGGCCAGUGAAAAUUAAUUAUUGUUCUUUCCUUCCCCUUGAAACUUUUAAUAGUAAAAUAUAUUAAAGAUUGGGUUUUAAAGGUAGUAAACGUUAAUUGACUUGAGUGCCAAUUCUGUUUUAAAUUAAAAUUGCAUCACAUUCAAUUGAACCAGUUGGACAGUGUGGGGCCUGGUGGGAGGUGGUAUUAUUAUAAUCUCGUGUUAACUACGCUGAGGUACAAGUCGUGAGGGUUCUCUUUUGGGGUGGAGUGUGUUUUCUUUAAGUUAAUUUUGAAUUUGUUUGAUUUUGAGUUUGUUGUGUUAUCUAUUUUAUUUAUAUUAUUAUUUUUUAAGUAUUUGGUUAUAAUUGAGCCCUUAAACUCUUGUAAACUCUCGUUUAUUUUCUUUUGGGGUAUUAUACUACUAGCUUUCCCACGUUCACGCUACCAGGCAAUUAAUUCCUUUAUUAACACUGCCAAUUGUGGAUUUUGGGUCAAUUCAUGUGAGCAAACGAGUGGUUGUUUUUUUUUUAUUUUAUUUUAGACUUUCUAAUAAAGACACAUUGUGAAACGUCA